AUGAUGUACUCUCCUCUUUUGAUCGUUGCGGCCGCAAUACUGCAGCACUUCACACCAUGCGCUGCGGUUAUCAAUGGAACCCAAACGGAUUUGUAUCGCCAACGGGCACAGAGCCUGCUUGAGCAAAUGACAUGGAAAGAAAAGAUCGGGCAGCUGGGAGGCUACCGAAGACUCUUGGAAGCCGAUGCUACCUUCAAUCGGACGCGAUUUGACGAGCUGUAUCCAACACAGAAUGGCAAUCUCGGUUACGGUUCAGCAUUCAACUGGGCCAGCGAUGUCGUACCAAUCGCCAACAGAAUCAAACAGCGGCAGAUUGACGAGAGCCGGCUGCAUAUCCCAUUUGUCACCGUCACGGACUCGAAUAAUGGCAUCUACAUCUCCGGAGGAACCAUCUUCCCAAGUAACCUGGGCAUGGCGGCAUCGUUCAAUCUGCCACUUUUCGAGCAAGCGAUUGCGGUUAUUAGGGAGGAGCAACGAGCUAUUGGCGUCAAUUGGGUGCUGUCUCCACCACUGGACGUCACUAGCGAGCCUCGAUAUGGCCGCAUUGGUGAAGAUUUUGGCGAAGAUGCCUACUUGGUCGGAGAAUUCGGCAAGACAUACGUGCUGACGAUGGAGGAAAAGGGUGAGGGCGGCUUUGUCAAGGUCGCCACAACGAUGAAACAUUACGUCUAUGGCGAAACCAGCGGCGGUGUCAAUCUCGCCAGCCAAUACGGAGGUAUCAAUCACAUCUACAACGAUCAACUCCGACCAUACAUCAAGGUCAUCGAGGAAGCGAAGCCGUUGUCCAUCAUGGCUUCAUACUCCUCCGUCGAUCGGUUACCCAUGCACAAGAACAGAUACAUGUUUCAGGACAUCCUUCGUCAGAAGUUGGGAUUCGAGGGCUUGAUCAUGACCGAUGCAAACGGUAUCUGGCAGAUGCACAACCAGAUGUAUGCAGCUUCAUCGCUUCAAGACGCUGCUGUUCAGGCAGUCCAUGCCGGGAUCGAGAUGGAGCUGUGUCCGCCAUCAGAGCCCACCGUCUGCGGCAUGCCGACACUCUUGAAUGCCAUAAACGGCAGUGCUGUACUCCAGCGUGACAUCGACCAGGCGGUUCUUGCCUUCCUUGAGAUCAAAUUCCGUACUGGUCUUUUCGAUCAAUCGCUCCCAGACCCGCAGAAGCUCAACUCGACGCUGAGGUUGCCUCAGAGCCUCGAAAUCGCACGGGAAAUGUCACGUGAAGCCAUUGCAAUGCUUCAGAAUGAUGGCUUGCUCCCGAAAACUCCAGGUCGGGUCGCGCUGAUUGGACCUUUCGGAAACAUCCUCAAUUCUGGCUCUUAUGCUGCUGUCAACUCUUCCGAUGCACGCUACGGUGACUCGCUACACCGAAGCAUGAAGAACGCAUUUGGAUCCGGGAAGGUCUCGUUCACGCAAGGCUGCGACUUUAUCGAUACGGAUGACGACUCUGGCAUUCAGGACGCAGUAGCUGCGGCCAAGGACGCUGGCUUCGCUGUCGUUGCGCUGGGUAGCCUUUCUGUUUCUCCCUCGGAUCCUCUCUUCCUGAAGCGAACCGACGGCGAGUUCUUCGCGCAUGCCGAUCUCGGCUUUCCUGGACUGCAGCAACAACUGCUCGAUGCGGUUCUUGACGUCGGCGUGCCGACUGUCCUUGUCGUUUCCGGAGGUCAACCGUUUGUGCUGAAUCCGUCGGCAAUGCGUGCAAACGCUAUUUUCCACACUUUCCUAUCCGGCGAGUUCACUGGCGACGCCGUUGUCGAGCUGAUCACGGGCAAAGUCAACCCGAGCGGCAAGCUGACGGUCAGCAUGCCUCAGUACUCAGGUGCAAUACCGAUUGCCUACGACCUUCUCCCUUCCGACCAGGGCUAUGACCAAGCCGGUCUCACGGCGAAUAACAUCUCUGCCGCAUGGCAGUUCCCGAACCUCACAAGAUCGGUUCCGAUGCCUUUCGGAUACGGCCUCAGCUACACCACGUUCAAGUUCUCGAACCCGACGGUCUCCUCGAACAAUCAAACCAGCUGCAUAACCGUUAACGUCAGCCUGAAUAACACGGGAGAUGUGUUCGGAAAAGAAGUCGUGCAGGUGUACUACCGGCCGAUCUACACCCCGGACAUCGAGUUCCCGGUGAAGUCUCUCGUACGGUUCGAAAAGGUUGGCUUGGAGCCGGGACAAAGCCAGGACGUUCACUUCGUUAUCGCAAGACGAGAGCUUGGUUAUUGGGUUAACACGGAGCUGACCAGUCCGCCAGGACCGUACACGUUCUGGAUAGGCUCGAGUUCGAGGGUGGAAGAUUUGCAUGCAGUUAAUGUUACGUUGCCGAUGUGGACAGCUUGA